AUUUGUUCUUUGUUGCCGCACUACAUCCCAUCUUGGUCCAGACCGUUUACGAUAUGACCGCAAAUACCACAUCCUGUAGGUCUGCUUACAGCCUAUGCUGAAUAUAGUACUGUAAAUAUCAGUAAGCUACCAGAUUGCCCGACUUCGUGUACUGGAUGUAAUUCGUGAAAAGAGCACCCAGGUAUGUGUCGACAAGGCUGACACCCACUCCUACACCUGAAAAGAAAACACAAGCUGCGUGAUCGCCACCCACAAGUGGGUAGUGACCCCGAGCGAGUUGUGCGAGGCAAGAUUUCGCAGAUGCUUUCGCGGAUCCUGUCCUGUUAUAUUGCUUCGAUGACAGUCUCGCCUCUGGCAUGUUCACUCUGGCACCACAUGUGCAGAAAAGAGCAAGCGCUCCGAUUUCUGUCCCGCUGUUCCGCCGCGUUGGGACGCUCUCCGAUGCGGAUUUGGAAGACACUGGCGAGGAACCUCCCGAAUCGGGGUGAUUCGUGAUUCAUCAACAGUUCGUGCGGGGAUCCGACAGCGCUUAUGCGCGAAGAACACUAUUGAAAUGAUCACGGGGAGUGGUGUGUACCACACCGCACAGUAAUCGAUCCUGCAGGUGGCCUUUUGUGGUGUGGCCAGGAAAUCCCACAACCCUGGCGUGAGCCACGUUGACCCCCAAUGAGCCGCUUCAGCAGUGACAGCCAGUAAGGGCCAUCUUUUGCAAUCGGUGUAAUCAACUGCUCACUUGGCAUGCUUUCUCUCGGCCUACUUGAUGGAAGUGAACACCUCUGCUCGCCCUACGGCGAGAAACUUGAUGAUCACUGCCCGGGCAUGUGCAUGAUUACAAGUCUUGCCGCGUUUCACUUAUGAACGCAACUGCCAUCAGUCUCUCCCAAAUAGCUGGCGCAAUGCAUUGCUAUGGCUUCAAUAAAUCAUGCACUUGAGGCAUUGAUUGCGGAAUACGCGAGUAUUUCCAAACUGGCGUUCAGAGUAACAGCUGGUGUCUUUUACGGGGUUGCAGUGCUCUCGGUCAUUGCAAGAGGUGUGAUUCGCAUUACCACAAGGCACCAGCUCGCACUCGAUGAUUACCUCUUGUUUGUCGCGUUCGCGUUCCUCACAGCUGUGAUAGGUUUGGUCUACUACCUACUUGACAGCAUCUACCUCGCUACUGCUGUGGAGAGGAACCCUGCCAUUUUCUUCCAAUUCAGCCAAAAGCAAACGCAGCAACUUUUGAGUCAAGCCCUCAACGAGAACAUCUUUUUGAUUAUGGCUUGGACAACUACAUUCUUUGUCAAAUUUUCUUUUCUUGCUUUCUUCAGACAACUGAUACGGAAUGUGGGGAAGAUUCAACGUUACUACUGGGGAAUCGUCAUUUUCACAUUUAUCACGUGGCUGUUUCUCCUUUCAGAGGCGUUCAUAUUGUGCUCGGAUUUUGGCAUCAAUGCUAUCAAGUGUUGGUCGCCGACCAAGAACCUUCUCUAUGUCUCCAUGACUGGUCUCGUCACAGGAUUGGAUUGUCUGACGGAUCUAUUGAUUGUUAGCAUUCCUGCCAUCGUCCUCUAUCGCGCGAGAAUGCGCACCUCUCAGAAAAUCAGCCUCAGCAUUUUCCUCUGCCUAUCCCUCGUGAUGGUCUGCCUGGCCAUCAUCCGAGCAAGCAAGAUUCAUGGAGCUGUUUCGAUAGAUGUUGUCUGGGUGUUUUUCUGGCAAUACAUGGAGACAGUCGUUGCUGUGAUAAUGGGCUCGCUCACCGUCGUGCGCAACCUACUUGUCCACCAGACCAAAAGCAACCAUGCUUCACCUGCUGUAUCUGGAGAUGCUCAGGGUCGACGGGCAUACCGUAUGCGGCUGCUACAGAGAAAGAAGAACAUGAACACCGACGAUGUUACCACCCAAGGGCAUCUGCCUCAGGUGCCAGGGCCUACCUUGACAGGUCUGCGCACGUUCAUCAGGCGCAAUCACCGUGAUCCCGUGCACGACACUCAAGUUACGCAGGCAUCGACGCUAGUUCCGGAGGAAUCGUACCAUCUGAUGUCAAGCGCUGAGCGGUCCAGGACCGACCCACGGGAGCAGGUGCAUGGGUGGGACGAACACGUGUACCAGAGUCCACCUCGAACUCAACGUCGAGGAUGGGGCUCGACGCAGGGGAGCACGAUGAAUCAACCAUCCGUAACGACGACUUGUACGACCGUCAAUUGGAAUGAUCAUGAGAACGUUGUGUAAAUAAUUGGGCCUUUGAUCGAACCUUAAGGUAAUCUGAAUACCAGAUAAUUCCGAACGAACUAUAUAUAAAAACGAUCAUGUGUGAAUAUGUCUCUUCCUGGCGCGGUCUGGCAUGGAAAUAUUGGUGUAAUUGUGGUUAAGAGAGAUGCCCAAGAAAAAUCCAUAAUAAUGUCAUCAGAUGAUGACGUAUAGAAUGUAUCUCUGCUCGCGCCAGCAAAGGAAUUAAAAUACCAAGGGGCUGAAAUUCAACAGAUCGAUAGACAGCUAAG